AGCACAGGUGUGAGCAGGAAAGCUCAGCAUUCAGAACACUACAACAACUUCCUCGACCAUCUGCGAGACAGUCUGCUAAAGUUGAGAAGACUUGCUGUGAUCACUGAAACCAUGCUGAAGGUAGCACUUGUGCUUGGAUGCCUCCUGAGCCUCAUUCUGGCCAAUCCUGUGGACAUGGUGCACCAACGACUUGCUCGCUCAAACUCUGGCUCAAACUCUGACUCUAACUCCAAUGAGCUUUCCGUAUCCAUGUCUUCACAACAAUUGCUCCAGCUCCUUCUUACCCUCAUCCAGCAACGACAACCAGUUACUGCUCCACCAGCAGCAACUACUACAGCUGCACCUACAACAACUACAGCAGCCUCUACUACAGCUGCACCUACCACUGCCGCAUAACCAACUGCUGCCACAAAAACAUAUAAUCAGCAAUUUAACCAGAGAUCAAUAAGUGAAAGAAAUUUUGACAUCUAUGCUAUUUUGUGUCAGUUUGUCAUGUUUUACUGAAAACUCAUAAUUCCAGUUCAAGUAAACAUGUGGAUCAAAAUCACUUUACUCUCUGUAUUAUUUGCUGAAUAAAAUGAUAAAUGGAAAAAAUGAA